UGAAGAGUUUUAUUCUGAAGUUGUGUACCGAGCAUGCGUGAAUCACUAGAUUAAUUCACGCAGCGGCUAACAUGAGUCGUUCUGGCUUCUCCUUCUUUAACCUUUAGACCUUUUUACAUCUGCGCGUAUCACUGGAAGUCUCAUUCCUGCUACAGCUCCACCAUGGCUGCUAGAUCAUCUGUGUGUCUGCACCAGCUCUCCUGGACACUCUUAAGACCUUGUUCAUCUAAAGUCCUCCAUCCUGGUCUCAGAGCCUUGAACCUAUCAGCAGUCUCCACUCUUACGUCAUACAUCUCACUUUGUAGACGCUCUAUGUGCAGCAACAUUAAAGUACGUCCUUUCUUUCACUAUAUGAAACGGAAAAUAAUUUCUCCUCCAAGUCCUCCAUACAAACAUGUGUGUCAGGUAGGAGAUCCUGUCCUGCGUUCACAUGCAGCUGCUGUAGACCAAGCAGCUGUAACAGGCCCAGAGGUCCAAAGAGUCAUCAACACAAUGAUGAAAGUAAUGAGGAAGUUUGAGUGUGUGGGGCUAAGUGCGCCUCAGAUUGGGGUACCCCUCCGCAUCCUGAUGCUUGAAUAUCCAGUGAAGAUGUUUGAGGAGAUCUCACCUGCAGCGAGGGACGCUCGAGGUCUAUCUGUCCAGCCUCUCAGGAUCUUUGUGAACCCUGAGCUGAGGGUUCUGGAUAGUCGGACUGUGCUGUUUCAGGAGGCCUGUGAGAGCAUCGCUGGCUUUUCCGCCAUUGUUCCCCGCUACCUGUCAGUGGAAGUUUCUGGUCUGAAUGAAAAGGGCGAGGCUGUCACAUGGCAGACCAGCGGCUGGCCCGCUCGUAUCCUACAGCAUGAGAUGGACCAUCUGGAUGGGGUUCUCUAUCUCGACCGCAUGGACAGCAAAUCCUUCAUUAAUAUCAGCUGGCAGGAGCAUAACGACUAAAACCUCACAGACCUCUUUAAUAAAUGAUUAGCACAUAUUUGAAGCGUUACUCAACAGCAUUUUUUACUUAUUUUGAGAAACUGUGCUUCUAGAUGAAAGGUCAGAGCACCAUCAGAGGAGGUUUGAGAAGUUUUCCGUAUCUGGAAACAAAUGCAGCAGCUGCCUGUAGUCACACCAAAAUAAUAAACCUUCCUGAAGCCGUA